UCAGACUUUCUACAAGUAGAAGACUAGGAGUACUUAUACAGUUUACUCAAAUUAAAACUUUAAGUUUUUUGUUUUGUUGAAUAGCUUACUAUAAAUAAAUAACUUUAUUAUUAAUAAUAAAGUAAUCAUGUUUGCUCCUAGCACUCGAAAAUUAUUAUGCUCUACUCAGCUAAGACGUCUUCAAAGCACUCUAGUAAUCGCUGAACAUAACAAUGAAGUUUUGUCACCCGCAACACAAAAUACACUGAGUGCUGCCAAGAAAAUCGGAGGUGAAAUCUCUGUACUGGUCGCAGGAACAAAAUGUGGACCUGCAUCGGAGUCUAUUUCAAAGGCAAAUGGUAUAUCUAAAGUAUUAGUAGCAGAGAGUGAUGUGUUUAAAGGUUUUACAGCAGAAACUUUAACAGCUUUAAUAUUGGCUGCACAAAAACAGUUUAACUUCACACACAUAGUGGCGCCAGCAACUGCUUUUGGCAAGGCAAUCUUACCCAGAGUUGCAGCCAAAUUGGAUGUCUCACCUAUUACUGAUAUCAUUGGUGUCAAUGACGCUAACACAUUUAUUCGAACAAUUUAUGCAGGAAAUGCUGUAUUGACAUUAGAGGCGACAGACCCAAUAAAAGUAAUCACUGUGAGAGGAACUGCCUUUCCCGCCGAUCCUCUCGAAGGAGGCUCAGCCGCCAUAGAGAAAGCUCCAGAGGGUGACUACAAAACAGAUUUAGUAGAGUUUGUCUCACAGGAACUUACUAAGUCUGACAGACCUGCUCUAACAAGUGCUAAGAAUAUUGUUGCUGGAGGUCGUGGUCUCAAGUCAGGUGAUAACUUCAAGCUGUUGUACGACUUAGCAGACAAAUUGAAUGCAGCGGUGGGAGCAUCCCGCGCAGCUGUUGAUGCCGGCUUCGUGCCAAAUGACCUGCAGAUUGGGCAGACAGGGAAGAUUGUCGCUCCUAAUCUAUACAUCGCGGUGGGCAUCAGCGGUGCCAUCCAACACUUGGCAGGGAUGAAGGACUCCAAGACUAUUGUGGCCAUCAACAAGGACCCAGAGGCACCUAUCUUCCAGGUCUCAGACAUCGGUCUUGUAGCAGACUUGUUCAAGGCAGUGCCAGAGCUCACCAACAAGUUGUAAUGCACAGAGUAAUAUAACAUGUAGAUCAAAUUUACUUCCAAAUAUACACCUUAUGUAUAUAUAUACAAUAUUAUAUUCCGUAGAAAUGUUAAAUAAGUGAAACCGUGUUAUGUACUUUUAUAAUUGUUAAUAAAAUUAUUUUAAGAUA